AUGCCAGCCGAGAGGCGUUCUCUUCGAUCAAACAACAAGUCCGAUGCGUCUUCAUCUACCAACGGUGAAAAGGCACAAUCGAACUCGAGUGCUAAAGAUCAGCCGCCCACGACUCGUGCCGCCGCCAACAAGAAAGCUGCUCCGGUAAAGAAGGGCGCACCGACCUCCGAAAUGGGUGAGCAUGACCCGUCGCACGUGAACGGAUCGAAGUCGACGGAGAAUGGCGUGAAUGGUUCUGAGGAUGUUGAGAUGGGAGAGGAUACGGCAGGUGCGCCUACAUCCUCAAUCAACCCCAGUCAGGACCGGCAUGGUGACGAAAAGAUGACUGUUGUAGUGCCCCCGACCAAGGCUCCCAGAUCGUCCGGCAAGAACGGCCAGGAUAAGGACGAAGAUGUGACGAUGGAGGGUGCGGAGGCAGAUGAGAAGGAGCAGACCGAGCCGGAGGCCGAUCCAACAACGAAGGCCAUCCAAGACAUCAAGACCAAUUUCACUUUGCUCGAGCGAGCCAUCGCCCACUUUGAUCCCCGGUUCACCCUCCGUGUCCUUCGGUCGAUAUCGUUGAUGCGGAAAUACAUCACCCCCGAGGCCCUUGCUGAAGUGAUUGUUGACACAUACCCGGCUUCUAGCUCGACAGCUACGUUUCUGCUCAAUGCCCUUGAUCAGACAAGCGCCUUCGACAAUGCCCCGGAAAGCUCAAAGAUGGAAGUUGACACAGAGAAGAACAAGGCGGCCUCAAAGGAGGUCCUGCCCGAGGUGGAUGUCUACCUGUCAAUCUUGGUGCAAAUUUACCUCUUUGACCAGCGAAUGAUCCAGAAGGGUGCCCAGUUCUCAACCGAGCUCAUCGAGCGCUUGCGCGCUCUCAACCGCCGGACACUGGAUUCUCUUGCGGCUCGCGUGUAUUUUUACUACUCCCUCUUCUUCGAGCAAAUCGGCCCGCUAGCACCCUCACCUGCAGCGGCUGUGACAACUAUCCGCCAGCCGUUGUUGACUGCCUUGCGAACUGCUGUUCUCCGGAAAGAUGUUGAUACACAGGCUACCGUCAUGACCCUGCUGCUCCGCAAUUAUCUUUCUACUUCCCAUAUCACCCAGGCUGAUCUACUGAUCUCACACAAUCGAUUCCCCGCCGCUGCUUCCAAUAAUCAGAUUGCUCGGUAUUUAUACUAUCUCGGCCGUAUUCGUGCCAUUCAGUUGCAAUACACCGAAGCCCAUAGCCAUCUGAUCGGAGCCACCCGGAAAUCCCCAACUAGCCACAGUGCUCGUGGAUUCUACCAAGCCUCGCACAAGCUUCUGGUGGUGGUUGAAUUGCUGAUGGGUGAUAUUCCGGACCGUGCUGUUUUCCGUCAACCGGCUCUGGAGAAGGCCACGUAUCCUUACUUCCUGCUUGCUCAGGCAGUUAGUGUUGGAGAUCUGGAUGGCUUCCUCAAUAUCGUCAAUACUCACAGCUCAACCUUCCGAAAGGAUGGCACAUAUACUCUGAUCCUUCGUCUUCGCCAGAACGUUAUUAAGACGGGUAUCCGCAUGAUGUCUUUGUCCUACUCCCGUAUUUCUCUGCGGGAUAUCUGUCUUCGCCUGGGCCUUGACAGUGAGGAAUCUGCCGAAUAUAUUGUUGCCAAGGCCAUCCGGGAUGGUGUUAUCGAGGCCUCGCUCGACCACGAGAGCGGCUACAUGAAGAGCAAAGAAGUUGGUGAUAUUUAUGCCACCCGGGAACCCGGUGAAGCGUUCCACGAGCGCAUCCGUGCGUGCUUGGCUCUUCAUGAUGAGAACGUCAAGGCCAUGCGGUUUCCGAUGAAUCAGCACCGCGUGGAGCUAAAGAGUGCGCAAGAGGCACGGGAGCGAGAGCGGGAGCUAGCCAAGGAGAUUCAGGACGGAGACAUGGACGAUGAGGAUGCUGGUGGCGAUUUUGAUGCCAUCUAA